UUCUCUUGAAGAGCCUGCAACAAAGAGAAAUUUGAAGAAGAUGGUGAUUGAAAUUGUGACCUCAGGGGUGAUUUUAGUUGCGGGUAUUGCUAUAUUUGUUGUAAUACAUGUAUGUAUAGUUGGUAGGACAUUUGGAAGCAUGAACGGUGGUGGUAGUUUGGUGGAUAGAAAUGGUGGUACUACCAUGGUGAUGAUAAGUAGAAGUGGGAGCAUGUCAGAAGAAGAUAUCAAGAAACUGCCAUCUUAUGAUUUCAAUAUGGAAGCAGCAGAGAAAGCAAUGGUGAAGUGUGUUGUGUGUUUGGAGAGGUUCAAAAGCGGCGAAAAAUGCAAGCUUUUGCCGAAUUGUAAUCAUAGUUUUCAUGGUGAGUGUAUAGAUUCAUGGCUGAUCAAGACUGGUGCUUGUCCUAUUUGUAGAGCUAUUGUUGAUUUGGGAAGUGGGCAAACUAGUUUUUCAAAUGAAGUUGAGUUGGAGUUGAGAUAGACUUCAUGUAUAUGUGUAUAUAUAUUGUGUGUUCAGUAGCAAAAUGUGUAUAAAAGCUUAAAUUGAGUUGGUAAUGUAAUGAACA